AAAACUUGUGCCAUCUGCCUUUGGUGUCUACUGAUUGUUGGAUGCUUAUUUCUUUAGGAUUUUCCAACCAUAUAUUUAUUGGUUCAAAGAUUUAUUUUGUUGUAUUCGAUCUGCGGCGAUAUUUUCUUCCCAUGGCAUGAACAUUUUUUACAAAGUCAUCAAAUGGCGCGGCAAAUCGCCGUAAGGGACCAAGACGUCGAACUUGAUAGUCUCUCUGGUGGUGAUCAGGCUUCUACUGUAUCUUCAACUCCUUCUGAUAUCCAGAGAUGGCAUCAGUACAACGAACGCUCUGGUCGAGUUGGUGGUUCGGAUGGUUUUAAGGACUCAGAGCCUGCAUAUAGAGCUUCAGAUACCAGUAGUGUAGACGAAGAUAGAGAAACUUCUAGAAGAGAACUUGAAAGGAGAGCUUGGGAAGCUCUGCAAGCUGCCAGGUCCAAACCAGUAGCUUUUGCUGUUCGCACCAAUAUUGCAUAUGAGGGCAGUGAAGAUGAUGAUUCACCAGUACAUGGUGCUGCAGUUUCAUUUAAUGUCAAGGAUUUUCUGCAUGUAAAAGAGAAAUUUAAUGAUGAUUGGUGGAUAGGGCGUGUUGUCAAAGAAGGCUGUGAUAUUGGAUUCAUUCCAACACCAAGUAAAUUAAAAUCCCUUCAACAAGGAGGACCUUCAAUGAGUGGCCGUCCAAGCCGUGGCUACUCAAAGUCAGGAAGCGUUUUUCAAUUUGGUGAUAUGGUUAAUCAAGCCCAGUCCCCCACAAACACAUCACCUUCACGACAUUCAUCUACAUCAGUUGAUGCAGAAAAUGGCAUGGAAUAUGAAGAGGAACAGCAGAGUCCAACGAGCCCCACAAGUAAAACAUUACCUAGGUCUGCAUCAGGAACUACAGUGUCUUCGCAGACUGCUACAGGUCAGCAGACAAAAGCAAAAAAAGCAUUUUUUAAAAAGCAAGAGCAACUACCUCCCUAUGAUGUGGUCCCGUCAAUGAGACCUAUAGUUUUAGUAGGACCAUCAUUGAAAGGCUAUGAGGUAACUGAUAUGAUGCAAAAGGCUUUGUUUGACUACAUGAAGCAUCAGUUUUCAGGGAGGGUGUUAAUAUCACGUGUCACUUCGGAUAUCAGCCUCGCUAAGCGCUCCAACUUGGCUAAUCCCAGUAAAAGAAAUAUAAUAGAAAGAAGUAACAGUAAAAAUUCUGGAUUAGCGGAAGUACAGCAAGAAAUCGAGAGAAUAUUUGAACUGUCGCGUGGUCUUAACCUGGUUGUUUUGGAUUGUGAUACAAUUAACCACCCAACACAACUGGCCAAGACAUCGCUUGCUCCUUUAUUAGUUUACGUCAAAAUAACUGCUCCUAAGGUUCUUCAACGGUUAAUUAAAACACGUGGUAAAGCGCAAUCAAGGGCUCUUACAGUUCAACUUGUUGCAGCAGAAAAAUUAGCACAGUGCAGCGAGGAAAUGUAUGAUCUCGUGCUCGACGAAACACAACUGGACGACGCUUGUGAUCACUUAGGUGAAUUUCUUGAAAGUUACUGGAGAGCAACUCAUCCUCCGAAUCAGCCAGGUAGCAGACCUCCAAACACACAACAGUCCUCUUCAAUGCCUCAAUACAAUGUGAUUGAAGGUGGUGAACGGCCUAGUGUCUAUUUAUAGGGUCUGGGCUGGCUGUGUUGUGCAGAACGUGAAAUAAAUGGAACCUAUUUUCCACGCAUGCUUGUUUCUAAUCGCGUGAUCCAAACACAUCAUUCGUCAUUCAUUACUGUCGUCAGUCUUUCGAGUUCAAAUUAAAUCUACGAUGUAAUGUGGCUGGCCGCCGCAAAUGACUGCGGAUUGUUAAUUGCGGCGACAAAAUCCAUUCUCCACUGCACUUUUAUGGAACAUUACUUGCCUGGUAUAUUUUCUACGAUAAACUAUAUAUCCAGGAAAACUAAGGCAUCUAUCAGCUCCAUGCAAUGAACGAAUUUUUGUAUCCAGCAACAGAGUUCCUUACCAGAAAUGGGAAUAUGAUGUAGGCAGAGACUGAAUCAUGUUCGGUAUGGCUUCAAACUAAACAUAGCCUCGCUAGAUAAUGGACUAGUCUAUUUAAAAAAAAAGAAACAAAAUUUGAACCUUAAAGCAAUGGCAUACUACUUGAUACUCUAUGUUCAAAUCUUGUUCAUGUCUUUAGACCAAACUAUGUGAAAGCCGUACCCAAAGGACUUAAAGUGUCACCGCUGCCCGGCAUAUUUGGUACUAUUUUAGUAUGAAUGAUUCAAAUGGUUCAAUAUGGUGGUAGCCUACUAAUGAUCAGGUUUUAUUUUAUUUGACCCCCACGCAUCACAGUGGAAGCCUAACAUAACCAAGUGAAUGAGGAAAUGAGUCCCGUUCAACUGGCUUAUGUGGGGUUUCCUCUGUAUCAAAGUAGGUAAUUAACAUCCAUCUCAUUGGCUGGCCUUGCCGUCCAAAAUAUUAUGAAAUUAAAGAAUGGAAAUGAGAUGUUUUUUAUCCACUUUUUCAUAUUUUCAUAACUUAUUGCAUCGAUAGAUGCAAGAUAAAUAGAAAGGCUACCAUCUAGUAGUAUUAUUAGCACUAACGAUUUGGGCAUGCUUGCCACCAUGUCAACGAUAAAGCUGCCGUAGUCAAGUUAAAAUAACUUCACCUUUCUGGUGGAGCAUGAUUUGUUUUGUAUUUUUCAUUAUUAUAAAUCAAGAGAGCAUAGAUAAGAGAAGGAAACUUCUUAAUAACGCGUGCGCUAUGUAGAUUUCCGGUUGGGCUAUUUUUAGUAACCGGAUGCAGUUUAAAUUUCGCCUUACCUUACUCCUGUGUGUCAUCAACUUACGCGCGCGCGCACUUACCGUUUAUCGUUUUUAUCGCUAAAAACGAAACGGAAAAAGAGCGCGCGCUCAAAGGGAUGACGCACGGGAGUAGGGUAAGGCGAAAUUUAAACUGCAUGCGGUUACCAAAAAUAGCCCAACCAGGGUGUUUACGUGGCGCGCCCGUUACUAAAAAGUUUCAUUUUAUUAUUAAUACCCUCUUGUAUAAAUCUAUAAAACUAAUUAGAGUUUAGCGGCCAGUGCAUAGGCGUGUUCAAACCCGCCAGUAUUUAAUGUAAUAUAAUUUAAAGCAGGUACGGUUUUUUGGGAUCCGAUUUAAAAUGAUAUCUUACUGAAGUAUCUGUAGCAGUGCGCCCUGGAUGCAGCAAACUAAAAAUGAAAGGCUCGGAAUAAAACAAACGGUUUGGAAUGGAGAGAGAGAAAUUUUCGAUUGUCUUGGCUGUACUUGGUAAAUAAUGACAAAAUUCGAAUUUUGAACUUAUUAAGUAGGAAAGCUUUUGUAAUAUAACAAUUUUGUUACGUUUGGUUUUCUUGACUCGAAUACCUUAGGCCAAACAAUAGGCAUUAUAGUUGGUUAAAAUACGCCAAUGGAAUUUUAUUGAACUGUAAAAUGACCACUAGGCUGAUCUAAGUAAGUCAGGCCACGGCUAAUUCACAAAUGGAAAUUUAGCACUGACUAGGAAGAAAAAUCCUAGUUAAAGUCCAGAUAAGACCCUUUGCAGCACUUCGGAAUACAGCUCAAUCUGUAGGACAGAACAAUAGGUUCCUAAUUGUCAUAAAAUUGAAAUUCUUAUGUUUUAUUUUCCAAAUUGAGCUGCUUUGACGUCACAUUCAAAGGGUUUAUCAAAGGAGUGACUAAAUAUGUGUUCUGACGCGUGAUGCCGAGUCCAGGAAUCGAACCCGGAUACAAACUAGAUGCGAGAAGCGAGUGCAGUACCGCUACUUAGAUAAGAGUUAGUCUCUAAAUAAACUAUCUUAAGGUCUGGAGUUUCAUGAGCAAUGUUGGCUUCAUUACGAUCGGGCUUAUAACUGAUGUAAAGGCGGAUCAGCUUCUAAUACUGUAUUGCUCAUAUAGUACAUCUAGAUAUCCAGUAAAGUAACCAGAGUAGCAAAAUACUUCUAAUUAGUGCGAUAAAAAUAUUUUCUUCAAAACAUGGGAUGGGCAGAUAAGAAACCAAUAUGUUAGCAAAACUUUGUAAUUUUAGGCUUUUUAAAACAGCUAUUUGUUUAGAUAAGCUUUUUAGAUUUAGUCCUUUUUGUUUUGUCUUAAAAUUUAAACGUUACCUUGGUUUCAAUUCAAUACGUAUCUGUAGGCAUUCCUGUUGAUGCGGGAUGGAAGUGCAUCCCAAUGUUCUGUGGAUGCAACUCGGGAACAGCAAGCUUGAUUCGUCAGAAAUUCAUGCAAGGCUCAUAAUUACACGGAAGUGGUUUUAUACUUAAAUGGUUUUUUAAAUGAAAUCGAGUUUUGAGGAUUUUCGCGGUUUUAAGCUGGAUGGAAACCAUAUUCAUGUUGACUAUGUUUUGUCAAUUUGUUUUUCUAAAAUCAGCCCGCUGAAACCACGAUUUCCCCCUGAUUCCCCUAUUCUACCUAAUCUAUUUAUAGAACCAAUUCCGUGUGAAUGGGGCAGUCGAUUCUCUUUGUUCUCUAUGACUUUAUGAAUCAAAAAUAACCUCUCACUUUCUAUAAAAUUCACAGCUUAUAGUAUGGAGUAGAAAAGUCUACAAGAAUGAACUCCUUUUGAUGCCGUGAAAUAUUCUAACCAAUACUAUUUAAUAGUUACUAAUAUCUUGCUUAUUCCAAUAAAACAACGUAAUCUAUUGAAA